UGAGAAUCUGCAGAUCCACUAGUUAUCUUUUGUAAUUUUUAAUCUAAAAAACUGGCUGUUUUUGUCAGAUUUUUAUCAAGGCAAAUACUAAAAAAAUACUAUAGAUUAUAUGAUAAAAAAAGAAAAACUCAGUAGCUGUAGUAGAUUGUCCUUUUCUUCACUCUGCUUGACUGCUUCUAACUCUCUUCUUCAUCAAUCAUCACAGAUAAGUGGACUCAUUUAGGUUAGUCACAUUUGGAUUUGCUUAUGAGUUUUGGGCAAGUUUAAGUUUGUGAUUUUAGCUAUAAAUAAUCUUGGGUUUUCUCCAAGUUCAUAUUUUUGACUGAGGAGGAAGCUCAUUGAGGUGUGGGGACAAAUGAAAGGUAAUAAAUUGAAUAGUGCAACACCUAGUCUGUGGUUAGCUCAAAACCCUAGCAAGAGAUGGGGUGAAGUGUUCUUUCUGCUUUAUACUCCCUUUUGGCUCACCUUGUGCCUUGGUAUUGUGGUCCCAUUCAAGCUCUAUGAGGAUUUCACAGAGUGGGAAUACCUCUUGGUGGGGCUUAUUUCUGCACUUCCUGCUUUAAUUGUACCCAUGAUAUUUGUCGGAAAGGCUGACAGGAACCUUGCUUGGAAGGAUCGUUAUUGGGUGAAGGCUAAUCUCUGGAUAGCAAUUUUCACUUACGUUGGGAAUUACUUUUGGACCCACUAUUUCUUCACAGUUUUGGGGGCUUCUUAUACAUUUCCAUCUUGGAAGAUGAAUAAUGUACCCCACACAACUUUCCUUCUAGCACAUGUUUGCUUCCUGUUUUACCAUGUCUCUGCAAACAUGACCCUUCGUAGACUACAGCAUGCUAUUGCUAAUUUGCCCGAGAAUGUUCAAUGGGCUUUCAGGGCUGGGUGGAUUCUGGCAUAUGCUUAUUUUAUAGCUUAUCUGGAGACAUUAGCUAUUUCCAAUUUUCCGUACUAUGACUUCGUGGACCGAGCAGUGAUGUAUAAAGUUGGUUCCUUGUUUUAUGCGAUCUACUUCAUUGUAAGCUAUCCGAUGUUUUUCAGGGUUGAUGAGAAACCUGGAGAUUCAUGGGACUUGCCAAGAGUGUCCAUUGAUGCAUUGGGUGCUGCAAUGCUAGUCACCAUCUUACUCGACUUAUGGCGUAUUUGUCUAGGUUCCAUUGUUCCUAUGCCAGAAACCAAACAAUGUCCUCAAUCAGGACUCCCAUGGUUUGCCAUGACAUCUUGAAGGACUUCGAAUCACGAGACACGGAAAAGUUAAAACACCUUCUGUAAAAUUAGAUGUUCAAAGUCUCUUCUUGAAAUGAUGUUGAACUAUGAUCAGAUUGAGCCCUUGUUGUACUCUUACCAAGUUUUAAACAUUUCUCAGAAUAAUGUUAACUUGUACUCUUUCUGAACACUGUUUUAUUAGUAGCCUCUAUGGAUGUCUUUAU